GCAGCACCAACGACGUCCAAGAUCUGCAAGUUGUUCAGCGCUUGGUCAUCAGAAAAGAAAGAAGUCUGCUACAAAACUGAAAUAAUUUUAUUUGGAAUAAACACUAUGUGAGACUAGAAUUGUACAACUAGCAAUUUAUUUCUACUUUCUAUUUAACAAUUACAACAAUGGGGGUUUUAAUUAACAAUCCUCAGAAUUGUACUCUUAUAAUAAACAACAGUGGAGGUGGAGUGUGUGAUGUUAGUGCUGAAUCAGAAUGCAGACUGGUAACUGUGCAUGAAGACAAAUUGGUGACAGAUAAUAGUAGAAGAUGCCGAUGCGAAACUGUAGCAGUUAAUACAACUACAGAGCAUCCCUGUGAAACAUAUUUGGAAUGCUUUAAUCAGUCUAACAGCUGUGUAUCAGGACCUGAGUUGGGUCAUUGCCCUAAAAAUAGUUAUGGUGAGGCACAAUGUGCUGAUGGUGCAGAAGCUGAUGAAAGUACAUCAACAAGGAAUUCAUUUUCCGACAAACAAACUACUUCAUUUCCAUGCUCUUGUGAUGAGGAAGUGGAUGACAAACAGCAGGAAAUAGACACAUAUACUUCUAAUGUUGAUAAUAAUUCUUGCACUGUUUGUAAUAGAAAAAAUACAACUGAUGCAUUCUGCCAGACUAAUUUUCCAUCGGAAGACAUAACAGGUGUUUCACGUAUGUAUGUAAGUGGUGAUACAUGGGGUAGAACUAAUGUUGAAAAUUUGAAGGAUGGUGAAGAAAAAAGUAAGAAGUUGGAGAAAGGGAAAAUGUCUCAUUUAGAUAAUGAACCAAACAUACAAGAAUUGACUGAAGUUAUACAAGAUAUAAAUCCAGAUCCUAUGCCAAAAUGUGAUGAAGUGGCAGUAACUUGCAAGCAUUUGCAGUUCUCUACUUUAAACGAAGAGACUGAUGGAAGCAGUAUGUCUGAUGUCAUUGACCCUUUACAAACGCUAAACAAAGAAGUUGCAGGUUGUGAAACAGGACAAUUUCAAGAACUUUUGAAAGACAAUGAAGAAACUGAAAGUUUGGUCAGUUACCCUACAGCGUACCCAGCGGAAAGUACAGAUUGGUGUAGUAGGUAUCAAAAAUCUUCAUUCUUUGAAACAGAGAGUUACAAAGAAAAAGUAAAAGAUGGAAGUACUCUCAUGACUACAGAAUCAAUGUCAUUUUGUGAAGUUGAUGGCUUUAAUUCAGACCUUGAUACAUCUUUCCAACUAAAACCAUUCCAAUUCAGUUCAGAAAAGAAAAACUUGCUUGGCCCAUCAUCUACAGAUAAGCAGUUAAAUGGAAGCGACAGUGAUCAGUUAGACUCAUUGAUUUGCAAAAGUACUAACUGUAUUGACUGUUCGUUAAUAAACAUUGGUGAUGGUGAUGAAUCAUGUGGAAAAAUUGCAAAAAAGACAGAAGUCAGCCAUGGUGCAAAUAAAGAAACCCAUAAAUUGAAGACAGUUGAUAUUCUUUUAAUGGAAGAUUGGCAAAAUUCUGAAAUUUGUAAUUCUGACAAGCAGAGACAUCCUUUAAAGUUAAAAAAAUCUCUUGACAGAUACAAUGAGGUUAAAUGUACCAAAAAUUUUUCAAGUGAAACUAGAACCUGUUUACAGUCUGGCUGUUCGGGUAAUUCUGAAACUGUCCAUAGUUUCCUGAGCAAGAACAUACCUUCUACACACAUUGAUAUCUCAGAAAGAAGCAGGCAAAGAAAUAGUGAUGCUCAGCACAAUGAAACUGAAGAUACUGGUGUACAGCAGAAUUUUGUUGAAACUGACUUUGAUACAGAUUCUGAAAAAAUUCAUGUUGAUAAUCACUCCUUUGAAGAGAAUAGAUUUUUGAGGUGGAAUUCAGAAGUAGGAGACUUUGCCAAUCCUGAAGAGUGCUUAGAGGAAAGAGAACACAAUAUGAUAUAUGAAAAAGCAGAUAGUGCACCAAAUGACAUAUGCAGUGCAGUUGAAGUUACUGGUCAGAUAUAUGAUAAAACAAUAUUUGUUAGUGAACAGAAUACACAAAAUGCUAGAAAUAGUGAAAGGUUUAAGCUUGAUGCUAUAAAGGAUGAAAACAUCACAUCAGCUUUAGUGCCUGGUUUAAUAAUGAAUUCUGCAGAGAUGAUAAGAGAACAUUUAGAAAAUGAUUGCGACUAUUUCACACAGAACAGUGAAAACUUUGGAAAGGAAUUUCACAGGAGUCAUCAUUUGCUUGAUGAUGAAAAUCAGAAUGAUUUUGAAAGAGUCAUUGAUGCUGAGGAUAAAAUUAAUGAAACAACAGAUGAUUCUGCAGAUUCUUUAUUUAAGAAUCUUAUACAUAGUCAGAUCACUGAAAUAUGCAAUUUUACAUCAAAAAAUGGAAAGGAAGUAGAACCUUUGCCUCAAAAUGAGCCUAUAAUUAUUAUGCCCUGUCGCUCUGAUGUUUUUGAGCCUGAUAUUGACUCAGUUUCAACUACAGCCUGUGGUUUGUUAAGUGAUAUGGAACUCAGUGAUGAUGAGGAUUUUCCCUGUCAUGAUGACUUUGUUGAAAAAACUUGUAGCAGGCAGAGUUUGGAAAAUGAGAGUGGCUAUGUUAGCAAGAGUAUUGACAUGGAUAUUUCUAAGAGUAGUUUUGAGAAUGAUGUUUUGCACUCUGCAAGUGAUGAAAAUGAAAGUUGUUAUGCAAGCCAAAAAUGUUCUCCUCCCUUUCCAUCUGAAAGGGAUUUGGAAAAGGUUGUUAAAAAUUACACACAAAGCAUGUCUUCUAUAAAACACCAAAAUAAAACUGAUGCUAAGAGAGCAUGUUAUGCAGUUAACCAUAUUUCACAAAAUGAAAAAAAAUGUUUGACAUUUCGUCCAGAUGUAAAAAGCUGUAUUGAUUGUAAAUCUUGUAUUUCUGUGGAUAAUUUUGCCCAGUGCUGUGAAAGUCAGAAUACUUCAGUAGGCAGUGUAUGUACUUUAAGUAUAGAUAAUAUUUUAUUACAAGGCAUAUCUGUUCAGAAUAGAAGACAAGUUUCUGUUGGAUUAAAUGGAAAAUUUGAAAUUAUUGAUACAUGUUUAUCCACAGACAGUGAAAAGGGAUUUGCAAGAGCUUGUAAUGAAAGCAUGCCUUAUUGUGAAUCGUGUUCUGAUAGUGAAAAAGUAGUAUUUAGUCCUAAAAGAAAAAGAGCGUUCAAAAGAAGAAGGAAUUUACGGAAAACAAAAAUGAAAAUUGACAGAUCAAAGUCAUUACAUUUUAAAUCAGAUAUACAUAACCUGCCACGUAUGAGACAUUCUAUAAACACAUUUUCAUUAACAAGUUCAUCCAUAUCUUCCUUUUCAAGUAGGGUGCAAAAGGUACUGAAGGGGAAGAACAAAAUCAGAUCAUCUCUAGCCAAAUUAAACAAAAGAAGAUUUAGGAAGUCGUCUUGUUCUACCUCAAGUGUGUGUAGUUCUUCAUCUGAAUCACCAGACUCGGCCAGUGCAUUAGUUUCAGGUGCUAAAAGCAAAGCUAGGAGUAUGUUGAAAAAAGAAACAAUGAAAAGUCAUAUCAGUGAGCAGCGCUGUAGUUACUGUAACAUUUUGCUUACUAUUCCAAACCCGAGGUGUAAACGACACUGGCAACCAAGGUUACCGUUCCCAGAAGAUAAUGCUGGUUUGGAUGAUAUUGAUAGGGAUAAUAGAGGGAAUCGUAGCAACAGUUUGAAAAAAGAACUCUCUCAGUCAGCCUUUGAUGAUUCUGGAAUAGGUACUUCUACAAAGAACUCUAAAAAGUCAGUUGAAAUGCUCUCCAACAGUUUGCAAAUUAAUGGAAAUAUUAUCAGUUCUGACUUGUCUCUAAGCAAUACAGUAACUUCAGAUAAACAUGGAAGCAGUGUCAGUUUUAAUUUGUCACCAAGCAGAAAGUCAAGAUUGGGUAAUGGUUACUCAUUGUCUAUAGAUGAAAAAAUAUCAUCUAUUAAAGUCCAUAUGCGUGCUGACAUAGAUGGUCAUUCUUUCAAGUCAGAAGAUUUUACAUCUGACCUGAGUUGCCUAGGUUCAGAAAGUGAGAUUGAAUGUCAGAGAGACUGUGAAAGAAGUUCUUUACAUUGGUCUGGUAAUAUUAGCCUAAUGUCAAGUUUGAAAGGCCAAAAUACACAAUAUCAUAGGGAAAAAAGUACAAAAUGUAGAAAAGGAUUGAGAUUAAAUGUGCUCAAUAGAAAAGUAUGCAUGAAAUAUCAGCAAAAAGUUUUGAAAGAUUAUUUUUCAAAGAAGAGACAAUCAUUGAAGACUAUUGUAAAGGAAAUACAUGUAGAACACAGACAUCUAACAGUUUUUGGGUUAGGCUCGUACUUUGAUAGACUUAACAAUGGUCCACCUCCAACAACACAAGAACGUAUGCAGUAUGAAUGGCUCCGCUUAGCUACAUACCAGAAUUAUACAGGAGAUGGGAAUGCCCUUGCCCUUGCUGGAAAUGGAUUUUAUCAUGACCACAAUGAGGGUCCAACUUUCACCAGAUGUUUCCUCUGCGAGGCUCAGCAUUCUGAUUGGGUAAUGUUUGAUGACAUAAGUGCGGAGCAUAGGAGACAAUCACCGAAUUGCCCAUUCCAUGGGAACAGAGAGGAAGAAUCUCUCAAUAUAUCAAUAAGCUAUGGAGACAGUAGUGGAACCCCAGCUAGAUCUUCUACUCCAAGUUCUGCCAGUAGAUCCCAGUCCUCAUCAGCCACCUCAUUGUCUGCUACAAGUGCUGCAUCUGUGGGAGAGGUUUCAAGGAGUCUCCAAGGAACUAACAUCAGUCAGGCCCAUAUUGGCAAUAGUGGUGAAGAGAGCAUUCCUCAACAGCCAACAGAAGAUCCAGAAAGUAGAGAUCGUUCCUUGUUGGCAUUGUCUCAGCCACGUACACAACGAGCUCUGGGACGGACAGGGCACUCCUACUCUACUAUCAUAGCUCCAAGAAGAAAUAAUGUAGCUACAGGUGCAAGAAGUAAUGUUGGCAUUGAUCCUUUGAACAGAGACUCCUCAUCUUCAAGUACAGCUAGUCAGCUACCAGGUAUCCGCCCCUCAUCCAUACUGGGUGGGCCAGUGGGGGCCGGUGCUUUUUCGGGUUUAAAUACAGCUGGUCGGAACACAGGUGCACAGACUUCUGUUUCAAGAGCAACUGAAGGUUUACAACAAAGUAAUGCUCCAUCAUCGUCUACCGAAGCAGCUGCUGGGACACGACAAACUAACCCUGCACCUGGUGCUGGAGGAAGAACAGAUCCUACAAUAACUGUGGUUGUCGAUAACCCUAAACAUCCAGACUAUGUCAAUAUAGAUUCUAGAGUUAGUUCAUACCAAGGAUGGCCAGAUUAUCUAGAUCAAACCCCUAGACAGAUGUCAGAAGCAGGUUUCUUCUUUGUUGGUGUGGCUGAUUUUACCCGUUGCUUUUGUUGCGGCGGAGGUCUACGAAACUGGGAACCAGGAGAUGAUCCAAUGUUGGAACAUACAAGAUGGUUUCCACGUUGUGAAUAUGUUAACAAACUGAAAGGCGAGAGAUAUGUGGCUGCAGUACAGAGACGUCAUCAAGAACAUAUGGCCGAACAGCAGAGACAACAAAUAGAGAUUGCACAAAGACGGGAUGAGAAUCGUAAUCCUCCUGAUCCGAUGACAACAGAAGCUGCUGCCGUUAUGCGGGAAAUGGGCUACUCUGCGGAACGUACAAGGGAGGCAAUCUUAGCUGUUAGACGACAAACAGGGUCAGCAAUGGUCACUACCCAGCAAGUUUUGACCUGGUUACUGGACGCUGAAGAAAGACGAUUAACUGGUAAUUCAAGUAACACCGAAUUAGGCGUUAGACCUCCACCUAUGUCCUCUUCUACAGCAACUUCCAUUGUCGACACCAGCACUCCGUCCUCUAUUGUGUACACGGGAACCAGUAUCUCAUCUUCAGUUGUAUACACUGGAACCAGCAUAGAUACUUCAAUUGUAAACACGACUUCAAGCAUUUCUACCGCAACAUCUAUAGUCAGUGCUAGGACCACCACAUCUACUGUGAGUUCAACAUCAACUACUGCCACAGCUGAAGUCCAGCAGACUGGUACUCCAGCAGGAGCAGAAAGCUCUGGAACUGGGAACCAGCAGACUGGUUCAGGGAAUAGUUCCAGUUCUAAUUCAGCCAGUGGAGCCAGUGUAGAGAAGCAAUCUGGAGCAUCUGGCGGGGACAGUGAUGAGUCCAAAUCAGCAGCCAAAGCUGCAAGCAGCAGUGAGCCUACAAACAAAAGUACAAAGAAGAAAAAUGCAACGAAAAAAGCUAAAAAUAAAGCUGCAGCAAAAUCAGAAACUGCUGGUGCCACUGGAGGAGAUAUAGAUGCGAAAUCUUUAAAGGCAGAAAAUGAAAAGUUAAGAGAAAUGCAGACUUGCAAGAUUUGUAUGGAACGAGCAGUAAACACGACCCUAUUGCCGUGUGGCCAUUUAGUAUGCUGCGAUACCUGUGCUGCACGACUACAGAGAUGUCCUAUAUGCAGAAAGAGGAUUAAAGGAACAGUGAAAACAUUCAUGUCUUGAAGAGAAAUAGGAACUAACUUCCAUCCUAAUACCAACUAUCUAAUAUGACCUAAGUAACUGUUAAUACCAUAUCCAUUCUGAUUGCUUAACAGAAUUCAGCAUGCAGAAAGCUCAGCUCCCCAAGCCUCUGCUGGCCAGGGUCAAAGGGUUAGAAGGCCUAUGAACAAAAAGGGUAUGUCGGUGUUAAAUGACAAAUAUCCACUGAAUGUGAAAUGUUUCCAAGGAAAAGGUCACCAUGUUGCAGUUUUUACAGAAAUUACAUUUCCAUAGGAUAGGGACUGUUCAAUUUUAUAUCAUAGGCCCUGACCUCCAGAUUCUGACUAAAAGUGAUCUUUCUUUAAAAUUGAAGUUUGCUGAAAAUCAGAGCAUUAGUUUUGUUUUUAAAUUAUCUAAUCAAGAAAAAAUUGUCUGAGUCUAAAAUCGAACUUGGGCUGCCUUGACAAUAAAGACUUUCCCGCAUUCUUAACCAAUACACCAUAGAGGAAUAAAUACACAGUGAUUGUUAAAUAUAAUUAAGGCAGUCUACCUCCAAUACUCCUACAAAUGAUUUCCAAUUUUGAAUAGAAAAAUCAGCAAAAACAACUAAUUUACAUGUGUUUCCAUAACAUAUAAUCUGUCAGUAACUAAGUAAGAAAUACAGCAAUAAUAUCCUGAUAUCUAGAAAUUUUCUCUUGUUUUAGGGUCUGGAGGCCAGUGCCUUUAAGUUGACUCCAAAGAAAGUCUUACUGAGAAAUAAAUAAUGACUGGGAUAUUUAAAACACUUCAGAAAAGUCAUAUGCCUUCUAACCUUUAUAUGUUUGACCAGUAUAGAAGUUAGUCAGUGGAGGAGAGAACAACUGUACUCAGUUCGAUCAGGAUUACAGUUUUGUUGAACUCAGAAGUGACUUCAUGUCUACCAUGUCUGCUGAAGUCUUGAAUUAACAAGGUAGAAAAACCUAUUGAUAACAAUGGAAAAUUAUAGCAAACAAGUGUUAGUAUUUCUAAACCUCAAUAUUGAUAUGUUAGAAAUAUGUUUAUGUUAGAAGAAUUCAUAAGGUCUAGUUACAAAUAAAUGGCAGUUGAAUAGUUGUAAUAUUCAUCAAAAUAGUAAACAUGGAGGGAAAGUUUCUGAAUGGAAUUCAAACAGAGGUACAUAUAUAGUAGUAGGGUUACUGUAAUAGUACAUUAUCAGUUCUGAAAUGUUGCAUUCAGCUCAAGUGGAUUUUGCCAGGCCUGGAUCCAGAAGGGUGCUUGUGCCAAGUGUGAUCUGGCCUGGCAAUACACAGGAAAGCAUUGUUGCAAAUCAAGAUACCAUUUUGAUGACACUUUUAUUAUAUACAUGUUCCUAUUUCUAAUGUUAUAUCUGUCAAAAUUGUUAGAUAGAUAAGACUGAAAACUUAUUUGAAAUAGUGAACAUUUUGAAGCAUGGACAUCUGAAACACCAUCAUUAUGUCAUUUCUGAUUGAAUAUCUUCAUGUAUCCAAUAUUGGGAGUUGAAUACAGGGUUUUGUAUACAUUUGUGAAAUGCACGAUGUCUUUGAGGUAUAUGAUGAAAUAAAAUAUUCAUUUAGUUAGUACAAAGGAGUAGAAACUGUAACCGAGACUGGACUGAUAAUGUCUGGAAUUUUGCUAAAUGUGAAAAGAAUGAUAUCAGUUGAAACUGGCUCAGUUGAUGAACUGAUCUGAAGGAAGACUAUUUUACAGACAUACUUUUAAUUUUUGCCUGAUGAAAGUGCUUCAUUCAGGUCAACUAUACUGGCUGGCGACCACCAAAUCUGGAUGACCACCAAACCGGACAGUCCCGUAAACGCUUUAUUUCGGUCUUUACUUUGCUAAUCUGUUUACGAUCAAAUGGACGCUUUAUUUUCAACAACAUAUCAAAGAAACAGUUAAAUUUAAGUAUUUCACAAGAAAUGCUACAUUUCAAUUCGUCUGCACUCGCGAAGCACGUUAAAAAUGCCCGGGGGAAGCCGGAAGUGGUGCAAUGCGCAUGCGCAGUAUUACCUUGAGGCCCUUAAAGGCCCCAUGCAAAUUUGAGGUAAGCAGACGAAACGUGGAAAUACAACAUUGAUAAUUUAGUGCAUAAUUUUAAUACACCCUAAAUCACAUUUUCAUAUCAAAAUAUCCACUUCAAAAAGUAAAAUUUCUAAAGAUUUGGUCGGGAGAGAUACGAUCAAAUUUAUAGAUUCAAGAGAGGUAAUUCAUACAGUUCUAAGACACUGUACGGCUACUUUCCCUUGGUUGAAAAUAAAGAUUAAUUCAGUGCAAUACAAACUGUAAAUUGAAAAUCAGUAAUCUGACAAAUCGCUGUCCAGAAACAUGGUACUGUUAGACCUUAAAACAACAUAAUUCGGUGGCCAUUCGUUCGGGCCUCGAAAAAGUACUUGACCUAAUUUUAGAAGUAAACAAAUUAGCUCUUCAGUUGCAAGGAGAACCUCGCUUUGUUCACGUGAAAUUUCAACCACUAGAUAUAUCUAUUUUCCGAGCUAUCUUGAAAAAAAUUCCAAAAGUGUCCGGUUGUAGGACGCUAUCCAGUAAAGAUAUUUUCUUUUAGUCAUUGUUUAUUAUUUAUGUGUACUACCACUAGAAACAUUUACCAUUAUACAUGACAUUUAAUAUCGAAUGUAGCUCUACCAACACAGUUUAUGUAUUUGUUGAAGUUUAAUUCAUUUGAUGAGUGUGAUGAGGAUUUACUACAUUUAAAAGAUACACAUUGGAUGUCAUUAAGUAGGAGAUUAAGGAUUAAUAUAUUUCUUUGUUUAUCAUUAAUUCCUGUUAGUAUUAGCAUUAUGUCUGUGUACUAAAUGUUUUAUUUUGUAGAGAAACAUGUAGCAGAUUGCUAUGCUGCAUUUGGAAAGAAAACAAAAUCACCCAUUUGUAAAUCACAAGUUGCUAAAAUCAUUGUAUAUACACUUAUAUUUAAAUAGUUUGCUUUUGAAAAUGUUAGAAAAAAAUGAAAAAAAAAAUGUGUUUGAUUUUGUCUGUAUUUUUGGUUUUUGUUUUCUUUUAAUAUACACUAAUAAACUUGUGUCAAGGUGAAGACAUACUAUUGUAGACCUGCCUGAAAGGAAUUUACUCACAUUGACGUUUUCUGUCAGUUCUUUAAUUUUUUAUCAGACACACAAAUUAUACAUGUAUUUUGGCUUUUUCUCCAUGUGUUAAAAACUAAUAUUUGCAUUUCUACUUCUUAUUUGUGGACUUAAGACAAGAAAAAAAAAGAUUUCCAAGUGUAAAUUAUUUGACUAUGUAUUUCAGGAUGGUCAGAGUUUUCAGUUUUGCAAUUUAUUUUUUCCUAAAUUAGCUUAAAUACUUUAACAGAAUGUGUUGAGGUACAAGCUAAUACAUGUUGUUUAUUUGUUUAGUAUAUUGCGCUCAAAUGUGAACUGAUAGUAUUGGUGCCAGACGUUUUAUCUUAAUGUUUUAUACAUGGUAAAUAAAUGAAGUAUGCUAAACUUUGUAUGUAGGUAGCCGUGGUAUAUCAGAAUUACCUAUUUCCAGUGAUGUUUAUGAAGAAUUUUAAAACAUGUGUUUUAAUGUACUGGUAUACAGACAUUAUUUUCUAUGUAUUUCUCAUCUUAUAUGACAUUGUAAAGUAUACCAACAAAAGUAAUAUUUCUGUUAUUCAGUGGAUGUAAAUAAUGUAAUGUAAAAUAAUUUGCAAAUCAUAAGAUGGUGUGUUUUGCUGUAUUUUUUUGAGAUAUUACAUGUACAUACAACAUACAUAUGUAAAACACAGACAACUAAAAUUCCAUACCAUUAUACAUGUAUUUCCUUACUUGGAUAUAUACAUACAUUAUAUCCAUAUAUAUCACUGCCAUGGUAUGCAUAUUUUAAUCAUUUAAUGAUCCAUAGUAUAUUGUAAUAGAAGAAAUUAUAAUGUUUCUUUGCUCUUGUAAAAUAAUUUAGUAAAUCUGCAUUUGAUAGGAUGUUAGAUUUGCCACAUAGAUUUUUGUUGUGAUUUUAUAUGAUAUGUGUAUAAAAAAUAAAAGGAAUAUAUAUACC